AUGUCUGGUUACGGCUACGGUCCGCCUCCUCCGCCUCCUCCACCGUCAAGUUCCGGUUACUCGUCGCAUCCGAGCGUUUCAUAUCCUCACAAAGGUCCAAAUAGGGGAGGCGGGGGAUUUCAAGGUUCUCGGGGUCGCGGCGGCCAGUAUCCCCGUUCUCGAGACCAUCAUGGACCUUCUCAGGCUCCGUUCGAAUAUUCGCGUCAACCCUAUCCACCACAUCAUCAGGCCUCCUACAGCGGCGCACAUGCUCCUGUAGGCAGUUAUCCGCCUCAUCCGCCUUAUCCGCCACAGUGGCCUGGUGAACAUGCCGCUCAUGCACCUCACGGCACACAUCCCCAUGCCCCUGCACCCUUGUCUACUUCCAACUACCACCCAGGUUAUGGCCCUCAAGCAUAUCCAACAACUUCCCAGCAUGCGCAACCGCCAUCAUAUGCCUCCACACAACCAUAUGGGCAGCCAUAUCAGGUCCACCCAGUUCAAACUCCUUCGCAUUGGAGUCCACAGGGUCCUCCUCAGCCCUCACAUUACCCCAACAGUCGCGGACGUGGAGGGUAUGGCGAUCGUGGAGGCCCAAAGCCGCCCGGGACGGAACAUGUUCGUCAUGGGUACCUGCAUGAUCCUUUACCACCGGCUGUAGUGCCAUAUGACCAGUCAUACCCUCAUAAUCCCCGUGCUCCUCGUGUUCCUCUAUCGCCGUUUCCAUAUCCCGGCCAUCACCCAAGGAGAGGCCGAGGCGGCGGGAAUAAAGAUGGCUUCCGCGGCCGCAGUGGUCAUCAAUCCAAUCACUACAAUAAAAACCGCACUGGCAAGCAGCACAACAGUGACAGUAAUAAGCCUAAGACAGAUACUCCCUCGGUUGGAAAGAAGAAGAAACGUAAGGUGAACACUCUCGGCCUAACUCCAGGAGUAGAAUCAGAAACCGAAGAUGAUGAGGGUGAGGAGAAGAUCCUCACAGAUUUGAUUGGUGCAGAAACCCUUCAAAUUAGUGACGUUGCUGCGUUCUUGGCUGAACGACGGAGGAAUUAUCCUACAAAAGCGCGAAUGGAGGCAAAGAAAGCUGCCGAGUUGGCGCAAAAGGACCAAGCCAAGACGGCAGAACUCGAAAAGCAGGCGGACAAGCUGAGGAAGCAGCUCCGUAAGGUUGAGUUCUCCAUCAAGCGAAAGCGAGAGCAAGGGGACGAAGGAGAUGAGAUGAGGGACCCAUCUGAUGACUCGGACGACGAGAAGCCAGAAGUUAUGUCUUCUCGAGUACAGACCGCACAACCACCCCCUUCUGCCAAGAAGGCGGAUAUAAGCCGUCAUUGCAAGUAUUACUCCACUGGCGGUACAUGUGGGAAGAAAGGCAAGUGCCGUUUCGUUCACGAUCCUGAGGUUAGGGAAGCAGCGAUCAAGGAGCGUGAGGCCAAUAAUGGCCGCCUGACCAUUCAGCAACGUUUGAUUCUGAAUGACAAGGACCAGGAGGACCUAGCCGUUCUUCAAUCCAUCAAUUACCUGCGACAAAUGGGUAUCAUGGCAUCUACAUCUAAUGGAGCCGAUGAGAAAGAGGGAACCCGGGAGGAAGAGACGGGGCUGGACAAUGAUAAGGACGGCACCCAGACCAACGUGGCGCCAGUGCCUGCGACGUCUCGGUCAAGUCUACUUCCUGCUGCUCCAGCCUCUUUGCCCCCUCCACCUGCCAAGAGAGAAACUACGCCACGUCAAAAUAACCCUCAGCCUGCAACUCUCCCUAGUGCUGACAGUGCCAGCGAUCCAGGGGUGAAGCACUAUGAAGGUUGGCUUUUACAACCGUACGGUAGUUCGAAUGGUGAGAAGUCCAAGACGGACGAUCUACCUUGA